AUGGCUCUGCAUCUCUGUGGCUCCCGUGGCUGUUCCUUUGAUGAACACUACAGCAACUGUGGCUACAGCGUGGCCCUGGGGACCAAUGGGUUUACCUGGGAGCAGAUUAACACGUGGGAGAAACCAAUGCUGGACCCAGCGGUGCCCACAGGAUCCUUCAUGAUGGUGAACAGCUCUGGGAGGGCCUCUGGCCAGAAGGCCCACCUUCUCCUGCCAACCCUGAAGGAGAACGACACCCACUGUAUCGAUUUCCAUUACUACUUCUCCAGCCGCGACAGGUCCAGCCCGGGAGCCUUGAAUGUCUAUGUGAAGGUGAACGGCGGGCCCCAGGGGAACCCUGUCUGGAACGUGUCUGGGGUCGUCACCGAGGGCUGGGUGAAGGCAGAGCUUGCCAUCAGCACCUUCUGGCCACAUUUCUACCAGGUGAUAUUUGAAUCCGUCUCUUUGAAGGGUCAUCCUGGCUACAUCGCUGUGGACGAGGUCCGGGUCCUUGCUCAUCCAUGCAGAAAAGCACCUCAUUUUCUGCGGCUCCAAAACGUUGAGGUGAAUGUGGGGCAGAAUGCCACGUUUCAGUGCAUCGCUGGUGGGAAGUGGUCUCAGCAUGACAAACUUUGGCUCCAGCAAUGGAACGGCAGGGACACGGCGCUCAUGGUCACCCGCGUGGUCAACCACAGACGCUUCUCAGCCACGGUCAGCGUGGCCGACACCGCCCAGCGGAGUGUGAGCAAAUACCGCUGUGUGAUCCGUUCCGACGGCGGCUCCGGUGUGUCCAACUACGCUGAGCUGAUUGUGAAAGAACCUCCCACACCCAUUGCCCCCCCGGAGCUGCUGGCCGUAGGGGCCACCUACCUGUGGAUCAAACCAAAUGCCAAUUCUAUCAUCGGUGAUGGCCCGAUCAUCCUCAAGGAGGUGGAAUACCGCACCACCACGGGCACCUGGGCCGAGACCCACAUAGUGGACUCUCCCAAUUAUAAGCUGUGGCAUCUGGACCCUGACGUGGAGUAUGAGAUCCGAGUGCUGCUCACACGACCAGGGGAGGGAGGCACGGGACCACCAGGGCCUCCCCUCACCACCAGAACCAAGUGUGCAGACCCCGUGCACGGCCCGCAGAAUGUGGAGAUUGUAGACAUCCGCGCGCGGCAGCUGACCCUGCAGUGGGAACCGUUCGGCUACGCGGUGACCCGCUGCCACAGCUUCAACCUGACGGUGCAGUACCAGUACGUGUUCAACCAGCAGCAGUACGAGGCCGAGGAGGUCAUCCAGACCUCUUCCCACUACACCCUGCGGGGCCUGCGCCCCUUCAUGACCAUCCGGCUGCGGCUGCUGCUGUCCAACCCCGAGGGCCGGAUGGAGAGCGAGGAGCUGGUGGUGCAAACAGAGGAGGACGUUCCAGGAGCUGUUCCCCUAGAAUCCAUCCAAGGAGGGCCCUUUGAGGAGAAGAUCUACAUCCAGUGGAAACCUCCUAAUGAGACUAACGGGGUCAUCACACUCUAUGAGAUCAACUACAAGGCUGUUGGCUCACUGGACCCGAGUGCCGACCUGUCCAGCCAGCGGGGGAAAGUCUUCAAGCUCCGGAAUGAAACCCACCACCUCUUUGUGGGCCUGUACCCAGGGACCACCUACUCCUUCACCAUCAAGGCCAGUACAGCAAAGGGCUUCGGGCCCCCAGUCACCACUAGGAUUGCCACCAAAAUUUCAGCUCCGUCGAUGCCUGAAUAUGACGCAGAUACCCCACUGAAUGAAACGGACACGACCAUCACGGUGAUGCUGAAGCCUGCUCAGUCACGGGGAGCCCCUGUCAGUGUUUAUCAGCUGGUUGUCAAGGAGGAGCGUCUUCAGAAGUCACGAAGGGCAGCUGACAUCAUUGAGUGCUUUUCGGUGCCUGUGAGCUAUAGGAAUGCCUCCAGCCUUGAUUCUCUACACUACUUUGCUGCUGAAUUGAAGCCUGCCAACCUGCCUGUCACCCAGCCAUUUACAGUGGGUGACAAUAAGACAUACAAUGGAUACUGGAACCCUCCUCUUUCCCCUCUGAAAAGCUACAGCAUCUACUUCCAGGCACUCAGCAAAGCAAAUGGAGUAACACCAAUGGGCAGCGCCCAGGUGACCCCGGGGACUCCACUCUGCCUCCUCACCACAGGUGCCUCCACUCAGAAUUCUAACACCGUGGAGCCAGAGAAGCAGGUGGACAACACCGUGAAGAUGGCCGGUGUGAUUGCUGGCCUCCUCAUGUUCAUCAUCAUUCUCCUGGGUGUCAUGCUCACCAUCAAAAGGAGGAAGCUGGCCAAGAAGCAGAAGGAGACACAGAGUGGAGCCCAGAGGGAGAUGGGGCCUGUGGCCUCAGCCGACAAACCCACCACCAAGCUCAGCACCAGCCGCAACGAUGAAGCUUUCUCUAGCUCUCAGGACGUUAAUGGAUUCACAGAUGGCAGCCGUGGGGAGCUGUCCCAGCCUACCCUCACGAUCCAGACUCACCCCUACCGGGCUUGCGACCCCGUGGAGAUGAGCUACCCCAGGGACCAGUUCCAGCCCGCCAUCCGGGUGGCUGACCUGCUACAGCACAUCACCCAGAUGAAGAGAGGCCAGGGCUACGGGUUCAAGGAGGAGUAUGAGGCCUUACCAGAGGGGCAGACAGCUUCGUGGGACACAGCCAAAGAGGAUGAAAACCGCAAUAAGAAUCGAUACGGAAACAUCAUAUCCUAUGACCAUUCCCGGGUGAGGCUGCUGGUGCUGGACGGAGACCCGCAUUCCGACUACAUCAACGCCAACUACAUUGAUGGAUACCAUCGACCUCGGCACUACAUUGCAACUCAGGGUCCAAUGCAGGAGACCGUCAAGGACUUUUGGAGAAUGAUCUGGCAGGAGAACUCGGCCAGCAUCGUCAUGGUCACGAACCUCGUGGAAGUGGGCAGGCACCCAGCGGAACACACUGUGGGAAAUGCCACUCUAGGCCGCGCGGCGUCCCCCGGAAUGGUGAAGUGUGUGCGAUACUGGCCGGAUGACACGGAGGUCUACGGGGACAUUAAAGUCAGCCUGAUUGAGACAGAGCCCCUGGCGGAGUACGUCAUCCGCACCUUCACCGUCCAGAAGAAAGGCUACCACGAGAUCCGGGAGCUCCGCCUCUUCCAUUUCACCAGCUGGCCCGACCACGGCGUCCCCUGCUAUGCCACCGGCCUCCUGGGCUUCGUGCGCCAGGUCAAGUUCCUGAACCCCCCCGAGGCUGGGCCCAUCGUGGUCCACUGCAGUGCUGGGGCCGGGAGGACCGGCUGCUUCAUUGCCAUCGACACCAUGCUUGACAUGGCUGAGAAUGAAGGGGUAGUGGACAUCUUCAACUGUGUGCGUGAGCUCCGGGCCCAGAGGGUCAACCUGGUACAGACAGAGGAGCAAUACGUGUUCGUGCACGACGCCAUCCUGGAAGCGUGCCUCUGUGGCAACACCGCCAUCCCCGUGUGCGAGUUCCGCUCCCUCUACUACAAUAUCAGCAGGCUGGACCCCCAGACCAACUCCAGCCAGAUCAAAGACGAAUUUCAGACCCUCAACAUCGUGACUCCCCGCGUCCGGCCCGAGGACUGCAGCAUCGGGCUCCUGCCCCGGAAUCAUGAUAAGAACCGGAGCAUGGAUGUCCUGCCUCUAGACCGCUGCCUGCCCUUCCUUAUCUCGGUGGAUGGCGAACCCAGCAACUACGUCAAUGCCGCACUGAUGGACAGCCACAAGCAGCCCGCUGCCUUCGUGGUCACCCAGCACCCUCUGCCCAAUACCGUGGCGGACUUCUGGAGGCUGGUGUUCGACUACAACUGCUCCUCCGUGGUGAUGCUGAACGAGAUGGACACGGCCCAGCUCUGUAUGCAGUACUGGCCUGAAAAGACCUCCGGCUGCUACGGGCCCAUCCAGGUGGAGUUCGUGUCCGCAGACAUCGACGAGGACAUCAUCCACAGAAUAUUCCGUAUCUGUAACAUGGCCCGGCCUCAGGAUGGGUAUCGUAUAGUCCAGCACCUCCAGUACAUAGGCUGGCCUGCCUACCGGGACACACCCCCCUCCAAGCGCUCUCUGCUCAAAGUGGUCCGACGGCUGGAGAAGUGGCAGGAGCAGUACGAUGGGAGGGAGGGGCGCACCGUGGUCCACUGCCUAAAUGGGGGCGGCCGCAGUGGAACCUUCUGUGCCAUCUGCAGUGUGUGUGAGAUGAUCCAGCAGCAAAACAUCAUUGACGUGUUCCACAUCGUGAAAACACUGCGCAACAACAAAUCCAACAUGGUGGAAACCCUGGAACAGUAUAAAUUUGUAUACGAGGCGGCACUGGAAUAUUUAAGCUCCUUUUAGCCCGAUGGGAUGGGGAGUCUGCCGGAGCCCAGAGGCUGCUGCAGCCAAGCCCCCUUUUCUGUGAAUGGCAGUGACUGGGCUCAGGGGCUAAGAGGCAGCACCCUGCCCAACUCCAGGAAGAAGACUGGUGGUCCUGUGUUGCACGGUGGGCUCUGCACCUUCUGAGGGGUCUCCUGUAGCUGUGGGAGAUGCUGCUCUGAAAGGCCCAGGCUUCCCUUCCACACCCAAGCAGCUGCAGCCACGGGCCCGUGCAGAAGUGCGCCCAUGGCAAGGCCCUGGAUUUUUCCGUUCCCAGACCUCCUGCUUUUGCUCUUUUCAAGUUUGUGAAUCUCAUGGCAAGCCACCUGUGUGAGUGUUGGGGAGUGACAGCCUCGCAGCACCUCCCUGCCCUACCUGUCCUUGGGAGUAGAAGGGGGGUGUGUUCUGUUCCUCCAUGCUGUCAUGGAAAUGAUUGGGCUCUCGGGGAUCCCUGCUCUCCUGCCCCUUGUAGUCUCCUUCAGGGAUCUCUGGCACUGGACACCUGCUGGUCUCGAUCAGUGUGAACCUUGGGAUACUCCCAAGACCACAGCAGAGGCCCCCAUUCUCACACCUAACCUGCAUGGGGCUUGGCCCGAUCCCAUUCUGUACCCCUCCCCUAGCCCAGGCCUUGACCUGUCAUUCACCAGCCAGCCCACUGUGUCCAGCCUUUGAUAAAGGUUCUCUGCUUUUUUUGUGAUCAGUGGGAAGGGGAAGCAUGGGAUUUUGCUGCUCUUCCUUGUCUUUGUGAAAAGGAACCAUCUCUCUGGGGCAGGGCUCUGGCUGACCUUGUGUCUUUUGGGUGGUGGAUAAGAUUUGAUUAUUUUCCAAAGUGUAUAUGAAAAGAAACUUUCUUUGGGGGUGUAAAAUCGUAGUCUGUUGUGUCAAAAUAAAAGAGGGAGGGAAGUUUGGAUGUGUAACUAUAAGACAAAUCUCUCAGGCCGGGAGUCUUUCCCGGCAACGUCCUUAGAAGAUCCCACCCUGGAACAGCAUUGCCAUUGUGCAAGGGAGACGGGCUAAUCUGAGGACGGCCCCUUCCGUUCCUGGGGCAGAUAGAAUACCAGCUUUGUGCAUCCUCUUGAAGCUCCAAAUCUGAACUCCCUCCUAGAGAAACCCCUAGCUGCCAUCGUGAGAAAGGCCAAGGUGGACCCAGGUGUGCUUUGGUUUAAAACAGGCCCAGGAGAUCACACCAGGGAUCUAGGAUCUUAUCCAAAGUAUGGGUGAGUCAGUGACAGGGAACGAAUAUUUGCUAAGCACCCACUGUAGGCCGGGCCUGGCACGGUCCGUAUGCCAUUCCACGUGGUUCUAGAACCCCCAUGAAAGAACUACUAACCUGUCAUCAUCUCCGCUUCACUGGAUUAGGGAAACUGAGGCAUCUUCCUUGGCGAUGAAAUUCUGGGUUCUGAAAAGGCAGACAUUGGUAGUAAGACUUAUUCGUACUGUUUUCUUCAUCUUUUUCAGCAAAGCAGUUAUUUUAUGGAGGGGAAAACAAGGCCAGAAACUUCCGAGCAGAGAACCCACAGUGGAAAUUUAAUUCUUUCUUUCUGAUAUGAGUUCUGGGAAGCCCAGAAUUUUAGAUAUAUUUUGGUAACUCCUUCCCGGCUCCCCAGGAAAGCUAGUCCCAUCUCAUUUCUUCGCCAGUGAAAACAGCCGCAUCUUCCCUCAGGAUGUGAGGCUUGCCAGCCAGGGACACGUGCUCUACCUUGGUCUCUACUGGGGGGCUCAGGCACAGUAUCUGGCAGCCUCGGGGUGGCCUGGGCUCUAGGAAGCUCCGCUUGGAGGCUGGUCUAGCCCCAGACGGGACGAGGAGCACAGAAUUCAAUAAGGCACAGUUUUGCACCCAAGAGCUCACUGUAUGCUGGGGAGAUUGGCCCCCAGUACAGAGGCGGUAGAGCAUACGAGUAUUAUAGGAACCUGGAAGCAAGACUCUGCCUGCCUCGGGCUUCCUAGAAGAGACGACACCCAUUCCAGCUGGGCCCCAACAGGUAGAAAAAGGAGAGAAAGGAAAUCAGUCCAAGGGAUCAGAAUGUGCAGCAGCAGAGAGGUGUGAGGGCUCCUUGGGAUGGGGGGCAGGGGGCAGGGGGUACGGUGGUGAGCCCAGCUGAAGCACAGCCUACCCCCCUGUGGGCAACAGGGGGCCCAGCAGAGCUGAGUGGUGUGCUCGGCUCAGUGUUAGACAAGACUGCAUCUGGGGCCAGUGGGGCUGCCUCUUCUCCUUUCAUCAGACACUGUGAAACAUUCCCUGAAGCACGUGCUUUUUAAUAUCACGUCUGUUUGUCUGUCUGCUCAUUAUUUUGUUGCUGGAACAAAAUACGCUGUGGCUCACGGGACUCAGCUUUGGUGAGAAACUCAGGGUCUCUGCUCUACCGUGGAGCAGGGUGACCGAUCCACGCCUCCAGACCUGUGAGGAUGGGACAUGAAAGGAGCCCACAGAAGCUGUUCCCAUUGGCCUGGGCUCUGGAGCUGUCUGGAAGUCCAGGGACACCAGACUUGAUCACGGAAGGGCUGUCACUUUGGAGGUUCAAAAGGAAGCAUCUCAAAGGGAAGGAAGGCAAAGGAGCCCCUCCCCCCACCCAGCAAACCCACUCUUCUCCUUUGAUGGGUCCCUUCCCCGGUGAGCUUGAGCAGGUCGCCUGGCUCCAGUCCACAGCUCCAGCCAGCCCUCAUGACGCCUUCAAGGAGCCUGUAGCGAGUAAAUCAGCCUGUCAUAUGCUGUUUUCUCAGAUCAUGGCUCAUCCGUGCAGAAUGGGGGAGGGGAGCUACCCAACACAAAGCCUAGGAUUGAUUCUGCUCCAGAAGGGGUGACAGAGCUGGCAGAUAAAAAUGACACUGGCUUCUGUCAUUUCAAAUGGUAGGAAUCUAAAAUGUGACUUCAGGGAGAAGGGAAAUUGUAAAACCUCAGGCCACGGUGGGGUACCCGACCCAACGAGGACCAGCAAAGGUCCCCCCAGAGAAGCCCCUCAUUUCGUCAAAACCCAGCCGCUCUCCAAAUAGGGCAGGGCAGCAAACAGGUCUUGGGCCAGUUUACAAGGGAUGAAACUUAAGGCUCAUGAUGCAGUUAUCUUCCUGAAGAUUCCACACGGCAUGCACAUGGCAGGGCUCGGAUGAGAUGGGGCGCCAGUGUCCUAGAAUUUGGACUUGAUCCAGUCCUUGGGAAAUAAGGGCAAACACCACCUCCGCCAAGCUAUCUCCCACCCCACUCCACUUAGAGGAAAACAGUAUCCGUGCUCUCUGAGCCUCCACAGCCAGCCUCUCAUCUCCGGACUGCCAAAGAGAGAGCCCCCACUUAGUGCACAGCCUCAUGGUCCUUCUAGUUAUGGACCCUGUUGGGAGAAGAGGUGAGGAACUAAUGAGGAGCCAGGAACUACCACCAGCCUGCAUGCGUCUGUGGCCCAGACGGCUUCAGGAAGUAUCUGAGCUGGGCCUCCGUAUGAGCCCUUUCACCCUUUCUGGGCCCUGGAUGACCACAGCACACGUUCCCCCGGGGCGAACAGAGGGAUCAGAUUGCUUUUCACGCUGGCCUCCUUUCUGUGCAUGGCCUGAGCAGUGACCUGCCAAGUGUCAGCCUUCCCAUGGGACCAGCCGAGCCUGUGUUGGGGACACUAACCAGUGAGCUCACUGAAUUCUCCAACACCCCUAAGAAGUGUUUGUGAUUGUCACCGUUUUACAGAUCAGGAAACAGAGGCUCAGAGAGGAGAAAUCAGUUGCCCACAGUUGCCCAGUUAGUGAACAGGGGAGCCAGGAAUUCAAUGUCUUCUGACUUCAAAAACCAUUUUUUUUCCAGUAUCGUGUCUCAGAUUCUCCCACGGGUCUACCCAUAAUGGCAAAGAGUAGAGUGGAACAGAAACCCGGUGGAUUUUGUAAAGCCCAAAGCAGACAAGCUUAGGAUUCCUUCAGGGUUUCUUGUUUUACUUUAACAAUUCAUGCAAUACUUGCAUUCCACUCAAAUUUGCCUGAUUUGUUUAAAUAGGACUAUUUUUUAAAUGAUGCACCCUGGUCCUUCAAGUGGCUUUGGUCCCCUUAACUCCCUGUGACAGACCUUAGAGAAUCAUAUUCCAGUCUGAGAGGCGUAGUAUCUGGCCAUAAUGCUUCCUCCUGAGAUCAAUUCCAGACUCAGGCUCUAGACCAGCUCAGCUUCCCCUAGACAGAUGCUUUGGUGUGGGUGUACCAUGACCUCACUGUUCAUGGGUCGAUUUCAACUCAAGUUUCUUCCAGUUGGAUGCUGGAGGGAACCCACUGGCAUAUCCUGGAACGAUGAGGAUGUGCCCAUCUGGCAUGGUGAAGGCUGAACCCAUAAUACCCUAAAGGGAAAAGAGAAGAUGUACACAGCCUUUCUGAGCAGAUUCCUGAAUGCUGGGGCUUCUAGAAGGUGAUGUCCUUUGUCCAGGGGGAGUCACAUGGUUACUAAUAUGGGCAAAUCUAAGGACAUGUUUCACAUGAGGGGCUGGGGUCUGGACGGCUUCUCACUUCACUUCAACCACACAUACAUACUGGGUUCCUGCAGCAUGCCAGGGCCCGGGAAGGGGUGCUGCUAGGAAGCACAGGUGAUUCUGGCACAGUUCAUCCCUUGGUGAGGCAUGGUGUUGUGGUUGGAAGAGGUUAGUCCCCCAUCACAUCUCAGCUUGAUCACCUCUUAGCUAUCCAAUGUUGGGCCAAUCAAUUAAUGGAAAAAGAUGUGAAAAGGGGAGCCUCGGCCAGGUAGAAGGCAUAGAUUUAGAGAGCUUUGAGCAGGAAAACAGGAAGGCAAGACCAAGGAGUUGGGACCCAACCGAAAUACUCAAGUACGCACAUGGACUACAGGGCAAAGUGGUCACUUCCAAGGCCCAGCAGGACAGGGGACGGGGAGGGCUGGCCAGGGACACUGGGAGCAAGGAUGUCGCUUUAGAAUAAGUUUCAGCGUCUUGGAGAAAAGGUGGUAAUUUUCCCUCUGACCAUCGAAUAUCUAUGCAUCACCUGCUCCCUGUUGCUAAAUUAGCCCCUGCUGUAUGUCCUCACGAGGGUCUGUUUCCCCCGGCUCUGCUGUGAAUCCCUGUUGUGUGCAUGUAGGGAUCAGUCUAGUUAGGCUGCUGCAGGAGCAGAAGGGAGGCCCAGGAAGGAAUAGCCAGCCACUCGCCAUGUCAUCUCAGCAGAAGUAACUGCCCUUCCCACACCCGGAGACACUGCAGGAGAUGAUAAUUCUACACCGCACCGCCGUAGAACAGAAUGAAGAGAGCCACCUUCCUUUAGCCUGCACCUGGCCACCUCUGGGCUAGACAGACAGGCCACCAGCACCCGGCUAAGUCAGAGUAAUGCCAUGGGAAACACGGACCAUCCCAAGAGUAAGGGGAGCAGGAUGCUAACAGAUUGUGCUGGGCCAGCUCCAUGGGGAUCAAAAGUCAACCCCAGCUGCUGGGCAGGUCAGAAGAUGAGACAUGGGUCCCAUGGAUGGCCAUUUCAUCUCCAAGCCCUGACCGGCCUUCCCCAUCAUCCAGCUAGUCUGAGCUCCUUCUCAGCUGAUGAUGCCAGCUCCAAAUCACUGCCCAAUAAAACAGGAAAAAGACAAAGUGAAUCGAACUAGAGGAAACCAGCUGAGAUUCAUCAUUGUUUCCUAUAUUCCCAUGCAAGUGUUCCAAUUUGGAGGUUUUCCAUUUAUACGUAACUGAAGGUGAUAAAAUAUAUGGCAUUGGCAUCACCUAGCAGGGAUCUACCUUUGAGGUCAUAUAUGGUCUGAGCAGCAGAGACAGAAGUCCAUGGCAAAGAAUGGAGGGGGGCAUUGUACUCAUUUCCUCUGACACAUGUUUCAGGAUCUGACCCUCAGAAGCACAGCAGAGAUGUCUGAGCCAUAUUAAUGCAUAUGAGAAAGCUUUCUUCUGGUUUACUGGUAACCAGAGGUAGACGUUUGCAUACUGCUGGCUGUGCAACUGUCUUGUAGAGACCAAGACCACCUCUUGUAUCCCUCCUGCCCACCCUCAGAAAAGAUGGAAAAAGGUCAUCAAAAGGGCCACAUUCCCCCCCCCAUGAAAUCCACUCAUAAAUUUUAGGUCCCCAAGAGGUGGAGUCAGCACCCACCAUGGUAGACCCCACACCUGGCAUCCUAGCUAUCUAAGAGCUUGGGGGUGGUCCAUUGGGACUGAUACAAGGGAUGUGAGAGGACUCAGGAUGAGUCUAUAGGGAAGACCCUUUGGUUCUGGAUCACCAUGGAACAUCCUUCAGCGCUGCUCUGGGUGAUGGGAUUUGGACUCUGAUCCUUGGUUGGGAUGUUCAGAGAAUGAGGGUCUGGGGGCAGUAGAGCAUUAGACAGGAACGUAUUGGUGUGCAAGCCUGGAGCUCAGGGUAAUUCAUAUAAUUCAUGUUUCCUUGGUGAGUGGAGCUCUUAGAUUUGGGGGAGGAAGGGGAAUGUGAAAUAACCUGCCAACAGUGCACAUCUGAGUCCCUGUAAACAUACUUCAGUGCACUUGGGCUUGUGAAUACAAAUCCGUAGACCUCCUAUGGAAUGAUCUGACAAGCUCUCAGUGCCCACCAUGCCUCUACCCCUCCCAUGGAAGAUCAGUGAUGGAAGGUAUUCCUGGGGUCAAAGCCCCAGGGAAGUCUGGAGGCUCAGAGAGCCAAAUGGUGUCAUCCCAGGUCAAAUCAGACUUCCAAAGGGUCAGGCAGAAUGCUGAUGCCCAUAUGCCUAUAGAUCAUUGGACAAAUUCAAGCACAGUUUGCUAGUCCCAGGUCACUCUUUUGAGUGGAACUAGGAUCAAUGUGUGAAGCUUGAUGACUGUAAGAAAGAACUUGCUGUGUGCCAGAGAGGGUGAGCUGCCCAUCUCAGCAGUGGUCCAGCAGAAGCCAGACUUUAAAGGGAAGGAAGAGCAUUGCUGAGGUGACCUUUAACCUUCUUCCACCCUAAAUGGGUGAUCUGUUAGGGAGCUGGUACUGUAUUUGAACGCCUUCAUUCUGGUAGCAUACAAAGCCAAGGUUGUGCUUGGUUUGUGCAGGCUGAAGUCCCCUACUCUCCUGCCCAAGUCUUCCCACCAUGCAGGCCAAGAUGCUUCUCUGGCCCCAUAUCCAGGGCUCAUCCAGGCUCGUUAUCACCAAAAAGUCCAGAAAGAACAGACGCUUUGCCAUAGACCCAAUGCCCACCAAGAUCUGUGAUGAGACCAACCCUAGCUCAGGCCCACUGGCCAACAGGGCCAUCAGUGACAGCCGGAACUAGUAAAGGUUCAAGCAGGACCCAGAGCAGGGCUUUGUUUACCACACACAUGAUCUGCAGAGGUUCCUUCCCCCCACUCUCCCCUCGAGGCCUGUUGGAGCCGACUGCAAAAGCAAAAGCACAGUGACGCAGUGGGCACGUAAUUAUAAUCAUCCCCAGGGCAUCCGUUUCGUUCCCAGGUAGAUCCUGGGAUAGCCCAGGUUAAUUCAGGCUAACCCAUGUUGGCAAUCAGACUCAAAAGCACUUUUCUACCUUCUGUUUUCACCCGACAUCAACUAGCCAACAGAAGGCAAAGAGUCAGGGCUUCUACCAUUGCCUUGGCUCCUGGACACCAUCAUCGCCCUCUAAGGGCCAUCAUGGGGUUCCCACUUGACUCUAGGGAGACUGACAUCGUAACAUCCUCGGGGCAUAUGAUAUUGCAUGAGACCAACGUCUCCACACUGUUUGCGGCCUUCUCCGUGAAUCCCAGUGGUCUGCGCUUGUACAGUUUGGGUGUUUGAUGGAUAAAGCACGUACGAGAAGAGAAAACAAAAUAAAUCAACUUUAAAAAAAAGCCAGCACUGUGCUGUCAAUGUUUUUUUUUUCUUUUUCCUUUCCAAUUCUAGCUUAAAAAAGCAGAAGGUAAAUAAUGUCAGGUCAAUGAAUAUCAGAUAUAUUUUUUGACUGUACAUUACAGUGAAGUGUAAUCUUUUUACACCUGCAAGUCCAUCUUAUUUAUUCUUGUAAAUGUUCCCUGACAAUGUUUGUAAUAUGGCUGUGUUGAAAAUCUAUACAAUAAAGCCGUGAC